AUGGACCAGGAGACAGACCGAUUGCUCAGCUCGCCGAAACAGCAGUACGUGGGCGGGGAUGGCCGACACGGCCCGCUCAGCCCCAGAAUGCCGCUCGACGACCCAAUGGUCGAUGCGUAUCUCAAGGACGACGUGUUGGAGGACGUGAUUGCGGUUCGCCAGACCGAGCACAGCACGGCCGAACGCGGCACCUGCGCGGCCAGCGACAGCGACGAGGACCUCGACCAAUCGGACAUGGACCUCGUGCUGGAGAAUCUGCGAGACCAUCGCAGGCUGGUAUGGCACAAGAGACCGUCGGUGUUCAUGAUCUGCGUCGUGGUGUUCAUCACGGCAUUCGUACUAGGCAUCCAGCAGGGCCAGGAGCUCACCCUCACGUUUGACGGCGCGUGCCACUACUACAACAGCAAGCAUCCGGACGGGAUGAUCAGCUGCGGCUCGGCAGCAAGCCAGCAGCUCGGCACGCGCAUCCAGUGGUGGCAGAACCUGAUUGGUGGCGUCAGCACCGUUCUCGUGAGCGUCAAGAUGGGACACCUGAGCGACGUGUACGGACGCAAGCCGCUGCUCGUGUACAACAUCCUCAUCUUCGUGGUGUCCGGGUGUCUGAAGAGCCUGAUUUUCGGAGCAGACGAGGCAUGGUUCACGCCGGCGCGGUAUCUGGCGGUGCAUUUCCUGGGCACGCUGGCCGGCUCGCUGCCCGUCACCAUGGGGCUCUCCAACAGCUAUUUGAUCGACGUUGUCGAUGAAACGCAGCGGGCAACGUACAUGGCUAUUCUCGUGGCGUUUUUCUACAUUGGGCUCACGCUGGGCCCAAUGACUGGGGCGUUUGUGCCGCUGCCGAUGUUUCAGAUCUACGCGCUGUCUGUGCUGGUGCAGGCACUGGCUCUCGUGCUCGUAGUGUUGUUUCUGCCGGAAUCGCGCUCUCGGAAACUGCGGCGUCGGUCCAGCAGAAGAAUGUCUUCCAUCAGUGCUUCCAAGCCGGCCAUCGGGGUUGGAUCGUCGCUGCGCCUGCUGUGGAUCACCAGACGCGACGCGAGCGGCAACAUUGACUGGGAUGCGCGCUGGACGGUCGUGAAGCUCCUCGUCGUCGAAGUCCUCGUGUUUUCUGCCACCAUGGGAGCAGGCAUUGUCUGGGCGAUCUACGGCAAAUUCAAAUUCCAGUGGACGUCCAGAGACCUCAGUUUCUGUCUCGGGCUCGCGAUGUUGUGCCGAGCAAGCGUCCUGCUCGUGUUCAACCCGUGGUUCUCCAAGAAACUCGCCUACCACUUCCGCAAGGAGACCACCAUGAUCGACGCAACCGACAAGCUGGCCUUGCUGCUCGCCGUCUCCAUGAAUAGUGUCGGCCGACUAUUGAUGAUCUGCGCCGCGUCGCCGUCGCUGUUCCUGGCCAGCUUCCUGUUCGAGGGAUUUGGGUCCAUUCUCGACCCUGUGCUUCACUCGACGGUGCUCAAGUACAACCAGGCACCCGACCGCAACGGUGAGCUGUUCGGCUGUUUUGCGCUGAUACGAAGCACACUCAGCGUGGCCGCCCCGACCUUCUUCCUCACCGUGUACACUCUGACGCUGAAAAGCGACCCAAAAGUCGCUCUAUACAUCACCGAGGCCCUGAUGCUUGCGUCUUUGGCAUUGGUGCUAUCUCUCAGAUAG